CCUGAGCGCGAUCGACAUUUGUUUCAGAUACGUACUGGAUAUAGAGAUGGAGGACGGAUCCAUGGGGGCUUUAGUGCCGGCGGUAACGUCGAAAGACAAAAUACGGAUUUCCGAUGCCUUCCCGUCGGAUUCCGGCGCCGGGAAAAUGGUUGAAGCAGAAGGAGAACCGGAAACGACGGAUAAGGAGUUGUUGUGUCCGAUUUGUAUGCAGAUAAUCAAGGAUGCAUUCCUUACGUCGUGUGGACAUAGCUUCUGCUACAUGUGCAUCAUCACUCACCUUGACAACAAGAGUGAUUGCCCUUGUUGCGCCUCUUCGCUCACCACCAGCCAGCUCUUCCCUAAUUUCCUCCUUGAUAAGCUAUUGAAGAAGACUACUGCUUCCCAAGUAUCGAAAAGUGCCUCCCCGUUAGAACAAUUUCGCCAGGAAUUAGUCCAGGGUUACGAAGUCUCAGUAAAGGAACUGGACACACUAUUAUCACUGCUUGCUGAGAAGAAAAGAAAAUUGGAGCAGGAAGAAGCUGAGAGAAAUAUGCAAAAUCUUCUCGACUUCCUGCAGUGCUUAAGGAAAAAGAAAAUUGAUGAACUCAAUGAGGUGCAAAGUGAUGUUCAGUAUAUCAAAGAGGACAUUGGUUUGGUAGAGAGGCGUAGGAUCGAGUUAUAUAGAGCUAGGGAUAGGUAUUUGUUGAAAAUGCGGAUGCAGGCUGGUGAAUUAACGGGAUCAAAAUUUUGGUCUUCUUCAUCAAUAGAUAAAGACAAUAGUGACCUUGUAUUUGCGUCUGGAAAAGCACAUGGAGUUCCUAGAGGUAAUCUGCAGUACAGGAAUGUGGAUGGAAAAUCUCAAGCUAGUUCACAUGGAACCCAGCGGAAAGAGGCUUCCAGUGGAUUGAGUUCACAAAAUAUGAGUCAAUCGAGUCUUGCUGUUAUACGGAAAAAACGUGUUCAGUCUCAGUUCAAUGACCUGCAACAAUGUUACUUGCAAAAGCGACGUCCAUUAGUGAACCCAUUACAGAACCCUAACAGUAGGGAUGGUGAUGCCAUGCAAAGGGAAGGAUAUAGUUCGGGAUUGUCAGAUUUUCAAUCUGUACUGUCUACCUUUACUCAAUACAGUCGACUAAGGGUGAUUGCAGAACUUAGGCAUGGCGAGCUCUUCCAUUCAGCCAAUAUUGUAUCUAGCAUUGAAUUUGACCGUGAUGAUGAAAUGUUUGCUACUGCUGGAGUUUCAAGGCGUAUAAAAGUUUUUGACUUCUCGACGGUUGUAAAUGAACCCCCAGAAGUACACUGUCCUGUAGUGGAGAUGCCCACACGAUCAAAGCUUAGUUGCUUGAGCUGGAACAAGCAUACAAAAAACUAUAUAGCUAGUAGUGAUUAUGAAGGAAUAGUAACUGUGUGGGAUGUGAAUACUCGACAGAGCGUGAUGGAGUACGAAGAACAUGAAAAACGGGUCUGGAGUGUUGAUUUUUCACGCGUAGAACCAUCAAUGCUUGUAUCGGGUAGUGAUGACUGUAAGGUGAAAGUUUGGUGCACAAAGCAAGAAUCAAGCGCAAUUAACAUUGAUAUGAAAGCAAACAUAUGUUGCGUUAAGUACAAUCCUGGGUCCAGCACUCACAUUGCGGUUGGUGCAGCUGAUCAUCAUAUACAUUACUAUGAUUUGAGGAACACCAGCCAUCCUCUUCAUAUCUUUAGCGGCCACCAAAAAACUGUUUCGUAUGUAAAGUUCCUCUCCAGUGAUGAGCUUGCCUCUGCGUCUACAGAUAACACCUUACGCUUAUGGGAUGUGAAGCGAAAUCUACCUGUUCGUACCUUCAGAGGUCACACAAAUGAGAAGAACUUUGUAGGUCUCUCGGUAAAUAGCGACUUCCUUGCUUGUGGCAGCGAAACAAAUGAAGUAUAUGGCUAUCAUAAGGCAAUCUCAAAGCCUCUAACAUGGCAUAGAUUUGGGACACCGAACGUGGAGGAUAGCGAUGAAGAUCCAGGAUCAUACUUCAUUAGUGCCGUAUGUUGGAAGAGCGAUAGUCCCACAAUGUUAGCUGCUAACAGUCUGGGCACAAUCAAAGUUCUAGUUCUUGCGGCAUAAAUCUUAACCUGUGAGUUAACCCAUCAAAACCCGUCUUCUUUUCUUUGGUUUUUUGAUUCCAUUUAAGGGUGUGAUUGGAUCGAUUAGAAUACGCAACAUUCAAAAGCAAUUAGAAAUGCAUAUGCGAUGAGCAGUCUAAUGCUUUUCAUUUAAGCAAUUAGAAAUGCAUAUGUGGUGAUGAGUCUAAUGCUUUUCAUUUGUAUAUACUGCAUUCAUCCAUAGGAAGAGGAAACAUUCUUUAGUUUGUAGGAGAAAAAAAACAUUUUGAUUGUAAUUUAUGCAGAAUUUUGUCCCAAUUGUGUUGAUGUCAUCAGGUAAUGUGGGCAUAUGCAUUUAUGCAUAUGAUUCCAGAAAA